AUCAUUGUCUUGUGAGCUGUACACAAUGGGUUUCAUUGACUGCGUUGUUGUACUUUGUCUUGCCUUAGCCUUUGUCGAGGGGAAAUAUAACUGGGUCAAAGCCAAGGAAAAUUGGAAAGUAUGUGUAGCAGAAACAGGUGCUGUGGAAGAUAUGGAGGCAGUUCUGAGGAAAGAAAUUGUGCCUACCAGCGACAAAGGGAUGUGCUUGGUCGACUGUUUGAUGAGAACUGAAAAAAUCUACGAUUCAGAAGGGAAAUACAACAGAGAAGGAACAAAAGAGUAUUUUAGCGAGUUAUUAGAGGAACAGCCCGAAAUGAUAGAAAAGGCAAUGGCAUCGGCAGACGAAUGCAGCAAAAUCGAUGUAGAAGGUUUGGACAGAUGUGAAGCUGCAGUCAAACAUCUCACUUGUGCAAGAGCCAAAUUUGUUCAGUACAACAUCAAAGUAAACAAAGAUUAAUCCGCCACUGCAGAAUGGUACGUAGCAGUUCAACAGUUGACGAUCUACAAAUAUAUUCAGGUAGACUAUCAAUCCUUGUUAAUAUCUUCCAAUAAAUACUACAGUAUAACUUAGUUUUGAUA